UUUGCUAUUACAUGUGUGUGUGCUUCGCUCAGAAGCCGGAUUCCGCCUCCUGCCAGAUUAUUAACAAUUUAAAACCUGGUUAGCUCUGUAAGUGGUCUUUUGAUGCAGAAUAUAAUUUCUUGAGCACAAUGGCUCUUAAAGAUGACAAGCUUGUCAUCGCACCUAUCUCAGGGAACUCUUUGGAGAAGCUAAGCAGGAGUAAAGUAUCCUUAAAGUACCAGCAGCUCUCAAAAUUUGUUGCUGAAAACAGUUCUAACGCAAAUAUGUCAGGAGCGAAGGAGUCCAUAUGGACGGAGCAUAAAGCCCCAGAUGGACGAACAUAUUACUACAACAACAAAACCAAGCAGAGCAGCUGGGAGAAGCCAGAUGAUCUAAAAUCUCCUGGAGAGCUCUUGUUGUCACAAAGUCCGUGGAAAGAGUAUAAAACUGAUACAGGGAAAACUUAUUACCACAAUGUGAGCACAAAAGAGACGCGAUGGACGAUUCCAGCUGAACUGGAAGAAUUGAAAAAGAAAAUUGUUGCCGAGGAGACAAAGUCAAAGGCAUCUACCCCUGCGCCUACUGUUGCGCCUAGUAAGCAAGCAGAGGCCCCAGCUGUUCCAGCCGCAGCUCCAGCUCAGGCUGCUGUGACCAAACAAGUGCAGGAAAAAUCGAAAGGUUCAGCUCUUGACCAAGCAAUGGCAGCCACGCUGGCGGCUAUUGAAGUCCCAACUCCUCCUACAAAAAAUGACGAUGAUAGCAACUCCCAUAAUUCACUUCCGAGCAGCCGGACAGGCACUCCAGAGCCUAACAAAGUCUUCAGGGACAAAAAGGAGGCUAUGGAAGCGUUUAAGGAGUUCCUUAAAGAUAAGGAAGUACCAAGCAAUUGUACGUGGGAACAGUGUUUGCGCAUUAUCCAGAACGACCCUAGGUAUGCAGCUUUUGCCAAGUUCAACGAGAAAAAGCAAGCGUUCAAUGGGUACAAGACACAACGAGUGAAAGAGGAAAGAGAGGAACAACGCCUGCGGAUUAAGAAAGCAAAGGAGGACUUGGAGCAGUUCCUGCUAAGCAAUGAAAAAAUGACGUCAAACACGAAGUAUUACAAAUGCGAAGAACUAUUUGGCCAUUUAGACUUUUGGAAAGUUGUCAGUGAUUCUGACCGGCGAGAUAUUCACGAAGACGUUGUUUUCAACCUGGCCAAAAGGGAAAAAGAGCAGGCAAAGGUUCUAAAAAAGGAAAACAUGCGAGGACUUUCAAAUGUUUUGGAUACUAUGCCCAACAUAACUUACCGAACCACGUGGCAGGAGGCCCAGCAAAUGCUGCUUGACAACCACCACUUUGCGGAAAACGCCAAUUUGCUUGCUAUGGAUAAAGAGGAUGCUUUGAUUGUGUUUGAGGAUCACAUCAGAGAACUCGAGAAAGAAGAGGAGGAGGAAAAAGAAAGGGAAAAGAAGAGAUCAAAGCGGCAGCAACGGAAGAAUCGAGAAAGAUUUGUUAAUUUGCUUGAUGAGCUUCACGAGCAAGGAAAACUGACAUCCAUGUCGCUGUGGGUUGAGCUGUACCCUAUCAUAUCUUCCGACAUCAGGUUCUCAGCAAUGUUGGGCCAGCCUGGCUCAACGCCCUUGGACCUGUUCAAAUUCUUUGUAGAAGAACUUAAGUCUCGAUUCCACGAUGAGAAAAAAAUCAUCAAAGAAAUUCUCAAGGAGAAAGCGUUUGAAGUUCAAGUUGGAACAACUUUUGAGGAAUUUGCCACUGUAGUAUGUGAGGAUGGAAGGUCUGCAACCCUUGACGCAGGAAAUGUAAAAUUAACUUAUAAUUCACUCCUUGAAAAGGCUGAAGCCAGGGAAAAGGAAAGACAAAAAGAAGAAAACAGAAAAUCUAGGAAAAUUGAAACAGCAUUUAAAUCUCUGCUCAGAGACAAAAAUGUUUCCAUUGACACAACUUGGGAUGAUAUUCGGCCGCUCAUUGAAACCGAUCCAUCAUUUGACUCCGUCACUCUGGAGUCUGAAAGAAUCAGAAUAUUCAAGGAUUUCCAACACGAAAGUGAAGAAAUGUGUGCCCAUCAUCACGCUAGAAAGAAGUCCAAGAAAAAUAAGAAGCAGAAAAGAAAAUCAAGAUCUCGCUCGCGCUCUGGCUCUGACGUUGAGAGAAAAAAGAAGCAGGAGGAGAGUCACUCUGAUUCUGAGGUGGAGCAGGCCAACUCGAAGCCCAAGAAGCAGAAGAAGAAAAAGAAGAAGAAUCGCAGUGCUUCGUCUGUCAAACAGCAUUCGUCUGAAGGAUCAGAGGGAGAAAGUUUAGAGCAACCAGGCUCCCCCAACAGCCCAUCCCCGGGAAGUGCAAACAGUGACGAAGGCGACCUCAGUGAGGGCGAGCUUGAGAGGAAGCGACAAAUGCUGCUGCAGCAAUUAGCCCAGGAAAACCAAUAAAUUGUUAAAGUGGCUAUUUUAAUGUUCUCAAUUUCUCUCUUUAUUUCACAUUUCUACUGCAUUUGUGCCACAUAACAGUUUGUGCUACAUCUAAAAAUAUAACAGUCUCCAUCUCAUUUGUUUGACAAAUUAUGUGGUGUAAACAUCUGAACAGUAAAAUUUGCAUCAAUCGCUCAAGAACA